AUGGCUGUCUCUGACAAAGUAACUGUGGCAGUCCGUGUCCGUCCACUUGGUGAACAUGGUGUCGGAGAUGUUGUUGUACAUGAUUCGGCUUCCUCUUCUCUUAUAAUUGGAGUUGAUCGUUCUUUCACUUUCGAUCACAUUUUCCCACCAGAAUCAGAGCAAACCUCGGUUUAUGACGUCUUAGUUGCACCCCUUAUCAAUGACUGUCUUAUUGGAAUAAAUGCCACAGUACUAGCUUACGGGCAGACCGGCUCGGGAAAAACCUAUACCAUGGGAACAUCUUACGAAGUCGAUGAUUUUUCAAUGACAGAUGGUGUGGGGAUAAUCCCACGUGCCAUUGUGAAUCUCUUUGAGCAGAUUGAAGGUAUUACAGACAGUGAAUUCGCGGUGGAUGCUCAGUUUAUCGAAUUGUACAAUGAAGAGCUAAGGGAUUUGCUCACUCCUAGAAAGAAUCCCGUUAAAAUACAAGAAAAGAUCGGUGGUGGGAUCUACCUCUCUGGUGCAACGUCAGUUCGAAUAAAUUCCGUGUAUGAUGCUUUGCAUCUUAUAAGAGCAGGAGGCGAAUCUCGAUCUACCGGAUCAACCAAAAUGAAUGCCCAUAGUUCUCGGUCACAUGCUAUUUUAACUUUGCAUAUCAGUCAACGCAAAAAGGUUGAUGGCGAUUCUCGUGUCGAAUUAAUUUCUUCAAAGUUCCAUUUUGUUGACCUUGCUGGGAGUGAGAGGUUGGGCCGCACAGGCGCGGAGGGCGAGCGAGCGAAGGAGGGAAUAAAAAUAAAUUACGGAUUGCUUGCUCUGGGCAACGUUAUUAACGCGCUUUCGGAGAACCAGAAGCAUAUUCCAUACCGCGACUCCAAGCUCACUCGUCUCCUCUGCGAUUCUCUGGGUGGAAACUCUCGCACUGUACUUAUUGCCUGUAUUUCUCCCGCCGAGAUUGAUAUGAGUGAAUCUAUCAACACCCUUCAGUAUGCCACUCGUGCCAAAAAGAUCCGCAACACAAUAUCUGUUAAUGUAGCGAAUAUGACUUCAGCUGACGCAGAGACGCUGAAGAAACUACUGGCUGAAAAUCGUCGUCUGCGGCAGCAGCUGAAGCUAGUCACUUCUCAAUCGAGAUUGGGAAUGCGCUCUGGACCGUACUCACGCUCACCGAGUCGCUUAACAGCAGCGAAGCCUAUAUUGCCUCUCCGGGCCAAGGAGAACCUUGCGCAAAUUGCGAGUUCUUUUGACAAGAUUAUAGCCCUUCGGAUGAAGCAAAUGAGUGAAAUUACGAGUGUAGGUGCUGCGCGAUUUCAGAGAAUUUUGCAACUAGCGAACCUGAAAAUGCAACACGCUGUUUUCGAGGGAUGUGGUGAUUUACAGGCCAAUCAGUUGAUUGGACACAUGCGAAACCUGGAGAAGGAGAUUGAUGACGCAGCAACGCGAGUGACCAACCUAGCGGAGGCCCUGCGCAAGUCCGCCGCGGCCACUCACGAUCUGCUGAGCAAGGUUGAGCGGGCCAUCCACUCCUUUCCGCCCUCAUAUCAGUAUAUACCACAGUCCAUCCGCUCGGCCAUGUCUACCCGCCUCUCAAACUCGGAUUUGGCGGGUUUACAAUGCUACAAUAGUAACCUCAUUAACGUCCUGCAAUUCUCGCAGGCCGAGCACACGCGCAGCCUGGCUGUGGUACAGCAGCUCAAUCAAAUCGCCGGACCCUCUCUCCUCCGCCGCUACCUUCCCGCUCUUAUUGGCAAAGUCACUGAAGGCGCUGGAAUGCGUUUAGAACAGUUUGACGAUGGAAAGGGUAUUCAGCAGGACGGACCUUCUAUUUCUUCUCUCCUUCCCGGUCUCUUGGAGGGAUCCGUCAAACGCAAACCAGGCUCUCUGCGAUCGGGCCCGUCAACUUUGGCAGUUGAAUCGCGACGCGGCUUAGGUGUAAAAAAGCCCGUAUCACGAGUUCGCCAGGCACCAGCCGCCACCUUCCAUCAGCAGCAACAUCGGCAACAGUCGACCUCCAGACCAAUCGGAUUGUCCUCAAAGAACCCGGGGAUGAGCUACGUUGCCGCGAUGGGAUGUAACCACGUCCCGGAGGAGUACCUCUCUAUGCUUGAGACGGCGGCACCGCAAGUCACCGCUACUCUCACCUCGGUGGAGGUGGCUGAUCCCUCUUGUCCCACUUUUUCUGCCGCUGGCAAUGCUGACGUCGGCGAUUACAGUUCCCCCUCCGCCACCGACUGCGCCAAUCAUUAUGUCAUCGCUCAACGCACCGUCACUCGGCCCACCCGCGCCUCUCCUCGUCUUCACAGCCAAGUGCCUCCCCUGCCAAACAUGGAUGUUGGAGAUGAGGAAAUGCCUCCUUGCCAUAGCCAACCCCCCGUCCGACAUCACCACGUUCCCGUUUCCUCCAGGGUGGUGUGGCGCAACGGUCUGCCACUUCCAGUCGUGGACAGUCCAGAACAGGAGAAUUGCCCACCUCCUGACCUUCCAGUGCACGAGGCUGCACGAAACUCUCGCCUGGAUGCUGGUCAAGACUGCAAGCCAGCGACAAGUGGUGAAGUUUUGCGUACUCUACCUUGCCACGCCUCCUCCCACGUCUCUAAACGCACUCUCGCUGAAGUGGGCCUAAGCGACGAGGACGACGCCAAUGUCAACGGUAUUGGUGGUGGUAGUCGUGGCAACGCUGGCAGCGCUGGUCCAACCUGUUCCGCGAUAAAUGUGGGCGGUGGUGAUGAUAAUCCCAACGAGGAGGACGACGAUGAUGGUGCACAAUCCGAGGGUACCACAAUUGCCGCGGUUGGAUCGCGGGAGACCGGCAAGCGUCGUACUGUUGAAGUUCUCUACUCCAUCACGGGACCCAGUAACCAUUGGUCGGGUCAAUCACCGCGGUCAUUAACUGAUGCAAUUGACCUCACCUCCACCCACCUGUCAUUUGCUCUGGCCCACUUCAUUACAGGCAACAAAGGUGCUGCCGCCUCCCGUUUUCCUCUAGAAGUAGAGGGCGAAGCGGAUUAUGCUCCUCUGCCAUCCUUGGGCAAAAUUACUUUGUUGAGGUAA